AUGUCUUCCGCCAAGCUCUUCAGCCGCAUCCUCGCCCUCCCUCCACCACUCCGCGCCCGCACCUUCAGCGUCCUCAACCGCCCACCUCCAAACUACCCUGGCCACGUCCCUCUCACAUGGCUCGAACGCGGCGCUCUCGCAGUAGGCUCAGCAUUCGGCUCCCUCAAAGAUCCAUACCGCCACGAUCUCAUCGCAUCUCUUGGUGAAGCCACAGCCAAGCCAUACUUCGUCUCCCGACUGCGGCGAGCAAUGCUAGAGAACCCAACAGGUCGAAGGAUACUGCGGGACAAGCCGAGGAUCACAUCGAAAAGCAUGCGCCUCGAGGAACUGCGGAAGUUGCCAGAGAACACAGUAGGUCGAGCAUACGCGGCAUGGCUGGAUAGAGAAGGUGUAACGCCGGACACCCGCGAUCAGGUGCGGUAUAUUGAUGAUCCGGAGGAAGCAUACGUAAUGCAACGAUACCGCGAGACUCACGAUUUCACACACGCCAUUACAGCUCUCCCCGUCAUCAUCGAGGGCGAGCUCGCAGUAAAAGCUUUCGAAGCUGCCAAUACAUUGCUCCCCAUGACUGCACUUUCCCUAUUCGCGAUUGUACGCCUCAAACCUAUUGAGAGGCAGCGGUUCUGGGAUGUGUACCUGCCCUGGGCGCUAAGAAAUGGGAUCAAGGCAGAGGAGGUGGUCAAUGUCUAUUGGGAGGAGGAGCUGGAGACGGAUGUGGAUGUGCUGAGGAAGAGGUUGGGGAUUGAGGUGCCGCCUGAUCUCAGGGAGAUCAGGAAGGCGCUAAGGGAUGAGAAGAGGAGGGAGAAGGCACAGCGGGAAGCUGGGGAGAGGCUGGGAGCUGUUCCGGAAGCAUGA